GAAAAUGGUGGUCCGCGUUGAAUCUUAAGUGUUCUAAAAAUGUAAACAUGUAAUUGUUACAAUUAAAAGUGUAUGUGUCAAUUAUUAUUAUAAAAUCAGUUUAACUUUGGUCAUAGGAUAUAUAUUGACGGUAUCAUGGAGUUAUCACAUAGUCUGACUUUGAAUGAAGAAGCUUUAGCCCAAAUCCCUGAGGCCAAAAGACCUGUCUUUAUCUUCGAAUGGCUUCGCUUCCUUGACAAAGUUCUUGUAGCUGCUCAAAAAAAUGAUAUUAAAGGAUGUCAGAAACAAUUAAUUCAACAACUUCUAAGCCAUUUUCAAGAAUCUCCAGGACCACCGACUAGAAAAUUAAUAGCAAGGAAUCUUGCUACAUUAUUUUCUGUCGGUGACACGGUAUUGUUAUUUGACCCGGUGGAUAAGUGUGAUGAUAUAUUGAAAAACAAAGACGACUCUCCAAGUUUUUUGCCUAAACGAUUGGCAGCCAUAUGCUGUGUGGGUACCAUGUACGAAAAAUUAGGCAGGAUGAUGGGAAGAUCAUAUGAGAACACUGUACAUAUCUUAAUUAGGUCGCUGAGAAGUGCUGAAUCCCAAACGCGAAUUGAAAUAAUGUUGACAUUAGAAAAGGUUUGUGCUGGUAUGGGUACGGCCAUAGCAAAUGUGCAUAAAGACAUUUACAAAGCAGCUCGUAAUUGUCUGAUAGAUAGAGUAAUGGCAGUGAGAUGUGCUGCUUCACGAUGCUUAUUAGAAAUGUUAAAUCACGCACCCUUUCUUUACACCACUGAAUUGGAAAGUUUAGCUACUCUCUGCUUCAGAGCUUUUGAUGGAUCUAACUAUGAAGUGAGAUGUUCUGUUGCAAAACUUUUAGGUGCAUUAAUAGCUAUGACACAACAACAACAACAACAGACCAAUUUGAACAAACAUUCUCAACUUAAGGGUGUUAAACUAGUGUCCUUAGAUGAAGCCCUAAGUAUUUUGAUGUCGGGAUUUUUAAGAGGGGGUGUUGGAUUUCUUAAAGGAACUGGUGAAAUUAUCAAGGGCAGUUCAGGAGUAAAUAGAGAAGUUAGAGUGGGUGUAACACAUGGAUAUGUAACGUUUGUUCAAAUUCUUGGAAGUGUGUGGUUGGAGAGGAACAUGAAAACCUUCCUUUCUCACAUUCUCUACUUAGUUGCUAACCCCAAAGCUGCAUCAUCACAUGUAGAUGCAGUAUAUUCACGAAAAUGUAUAAACUUUAUUUUAAGAAGCGUUUUGGGUAAAAUGUUGGGUGAGAAAGCACAAACUUCAGCCUGCAAAGAAAUUGCUCAAAUCAUUGUACGUGAAAUGAAUUCUAUAGAUUUUAACCCUGAAAAUGCAAAAGACUUUAAUCAAGAGACAUUGUUUAGUCAGCAUUUAUUAGUAUGUGCUUUACAAGAAGUUGGGAGUUUAGUGUUAAGUUUGGGCACCACAGCUCAUGAUUUAAUUACAGAUCACACACUAAAUUUAAUUGAUGUUACAUUGAGUGUUUUGACACAUCCUUGUCAAGCAGCACGUUUAGCAGCCGCUUGGUGUUUAAGAUGUAUAUGUGUUGCUGUACCAAGUCAAGUAUCCCCACUCAUUGAUCGUUGUGUAAAUGGAAUAGAACAGUAUCGCACAUCUCCCGAAGCUAUAUCUGGUUACAGUGCUGCAUUAGCUGCCGUAUUAGGAGGUGUGAAACUCUCUCCUUUAGGUGUUCCUCAUAUGAAGGGUAAAAUUAUUUUCAACACUGCUGAAGAAUUACUUAGAAGUGCCAGUCAAAAUAGUCGACUGUCGUUAAACAGGACGCAUGCUGGUUGGCUGCUGAUAGGAGCCAUAAUGACACUGGGUAUCCCCGUGGUUCGCGGUUUAUUACCGAGAAUGUUGCUGUUAUGGAGAAAUUCCUUCCCUAGGUCGCCUAAGGAGUUAGAAUCGGAAAAGGCCCGUGGUGAUGUGUUCACAUGGCAAGUUACUUUAGAGGGCCGCGCAGGAGCUCUAUCAGCAAUGCAUAGUUUUCUACAUAACUGCCCGGAGUUGAUUAAUGAAGACACUAAUAGAAGAUUACUUGCACCUAUUGAAAAUGCUUUAAUUAUGUUAACAAACAUACAAGGAAUUCUGAAGCAAAAUGGACAACAGCUGAAAGCGUCAGCAGCCAUGGUCAGAUUAAGACUGUGUGAAACUUUGCUUCUUCUUCAACCACAAAGCUAUGAAAAUUCAUAUACUCAUCUUUUGAGGAUGUUGGUGGCAGAAUUCACUUUGACGGAAAAUCCUGCAAACACAACUACUUCUCAACUAAGAACAGUAUGCCAUGCCGAUGAUUCGGUAAUUUUAGGAACGUGGCUGCAAGAGACUGAUCACAGAACAAUCGAAGAUCAGAUGGAACCUAAUCGCAGGGCAGAUGGUGAACAUUUGCAACCAAACAGUGCUGCAGGAUCUGGGGCAUUGGAACAUGAUCCUUGUUGUUUAUACCGUCCCAUUCCCCAGGGAGAAAUCAUUCCCGGUCCACUUCCUCUUGGUGUGGCAGUUAUAGACAUGUCAGUAUUAUUAUUUGGUCAAAUAUUUCCGAGGGUAACCAAUAAACACAGAGUGCAAAUGAUUGACCACUUUUCCGAGUGCAUUAAACACGCCAAAAGUACCAGACAAGAGGCAGUACAAAUGAAUGUGUUCACUGCACUUCUUAGUGGACUUAAAGUAUUGAACGAAGUUAAAUUGAGUUUGGGCCAAGAAGAAAUUAAGAAAUCUAUAGUAAAUUUAAUAAUCGGCGCACUCACAUCUUCCAAUCCAAUAUUACGAUGUGCAGCUGGAGAAGCAGUGGGUAGGAUGGCACAGGUAGUGGCCGAUCCUAAGUUCACCGCGGAAUUGGCACAAACUAGUUUUGAUAGAUUGAAAUCGGCAAGAGAUGUGGCAAGUAGGACUGGACAUUCACUAGCCCUUGGUUGUUUACAUCGAUACGUCGGUGGUAUGGGAUCCAGUCAACAUUUGAACACCAGCGUGUCAAUAUUACUCGCACUCGCGCAGGAUCAAACUUCUCCUAUAGUACAAGUUUGGUCUUUGCAUGCGUUGGCUCUAAUUGCAGACUCUGGUGGACCUAUGUUUAGGGGUUAUGUGGAACCAACUUUAUCUUUAGCCUUGAAACUGCUUCUAAACGUUCCACAGUCUCACAUAGACGUGCAUCAGUGUAUAGGGAAAGUUUUGUCGGCUUUGAUCACCACCAUUGGCCCAGAAUUACAGGGCAAUACUUCUAGUAUAUGUACUGCCAGGUCGUCUUUCUUGUGCGCGUGCGCAAUAAUGCAAGAUCAUCAGGAUCCGCUGGUUCAGGCGGAAGCGACUGGGUGUUUGCAACAACUGCACCUCUUCGCCCCUAGACACGUAAACUUAUCUUCUUUGGUGCCAACACUAUGUAGGACUCUUUCAAGUAAUCAUCUUUUAUUAAGAAAAGCAGCCAUAUCUUGUUUACGACAACUGGCGCAACGGGAAGCUAAGGAAGUGUGCGAACACGCGAUGACAUUGGCAAGUGAAAGUAGAGAUCAUAACACUGUUGAAGGACUUCUUAUAACAGAAACGGGUCUUCCUGGUGUUUUCUUUAGCAUGUUAGAUACCGAAACAGAUGCGGGAUUGAUCAAAGACAUUCAUGAUACAAUAAUAAGCAUGUUACAAGUACUCGCGGCCGAUAAUUUAUCUCAAUGGUUGGGAUUAUGUAAGGAUGUAUUGACUGUUGCUACAGAAUCAAAUACAGACGACCAAAAUAUGGCCACGAAUGAAGGUGAUGAUAACGAUGGUGAAGCUGAUGAUGAUCAGGAAGAAUUUCAUGCUGACCAGAAUGAUUCGUCACAUCCUGCGGUCCAACCAAGAUGGCCUACAAGAGUUUUUGCCGCCGAGUGUGUACGGAAAAUAAUUGCUGCUUGUGAAACGAAUAACAAAUCUGCACAUUUCGAUCUAAUACAUGCAAAAGAAUCGCAACAAAAUAAUCGUGGUAAAAACGAUUUCCUAGUCCUUCAUCUGGCUGACUUGAUAAGAAUGGCAUUUAUUGCGGCAACCAGUGAUUCAGAUCCUCUUCGUUUGGAAGGAUUAAAAACACUCCAAGAGAUAAUAGAAAAAUUUGCUAAAAUACCAGAGCCCGAAUUUCCAGGACAUCUACUUUUGGAACAAUAUCAAGCACAAGUGGGAGCAGCCUUAAGACCGGCGUUUUCACCCGAUACUUCGUCGCUUGUAACUGCGGCUGCUUGUCAGGUUUGCUCAACAUGGAUAGGAUCCAAUGUUGCCAGGGAUCUAAACGACUUACGCAGGGUGCAUCAGUUACUUGUAUCCUCCCUCACAAAAUUACAAAAUAAAACAAGUGUAACUCAUUUGUACAACGAAAGUUUGUUUACCUUGGAAAAACUGGCAAUACUCAAAGCUUGGGCGGAAGUUUAUAUUGUUGCAAUGAAAGGUAACGAUUCAUCUUCCAUAAACAACGUGGGACAAAAUCCGCAAAUAAUUCCGGCAAAUGAUGAGUUUACAGACUUUGAAUUCAGAGGCGAAAGUUUACUAACACUUGUACAGCCUGAAUUAGUUAGUUUGUCACAACAUUGGCUGGCAGCGUUAAAGGAUCACGCACUGUUGUCACUUCCUAACGAGUUUUCCAGUCAACUUCCACAUGAUGGAGGAGCUUUUUAUACAAACGAAACUAUGGAAUCAUCUAGACCUCAUUAUGUAUCAUCCUGGGCUCCAAUUUUACAUGCUGCUGCGUUGUGGUUAAAUUCGGAAUGUUUUAAGAAAAGCACUUCAGAUAAUGCAAUAAGUAAUAUCGACAAUGCCUUAAAUAAUAAUCCUGCUAUGGAAAAUUCUGCUGAUAAAUUUCACUUAUUAUUUGGUAUAUGUAUGGAGGCACUAUGUUCCACAAAAUCUACAGAAUCAAUUGAAAGCAUCAUAACAUGCUUACAAGCAGUUUAUACAUUGUUGGAUACUUCAUUUACAAGACAGUUGCUAAUAGCAGAUGGAUGCCUGAGCAUAGAACUAUGUAAUGUGUUGCACAGAUUGAUUUUAACAAAAGACAGCCACGCAGCACAGUUAAUGUGUAUGGAAGUGUUGAACCAAGUUAUUAAAGCUGCAAGAGAACAAUUAGAAGAAAAGAUACAGAUGAAAAUGAAGGAAAAUAGCACUAGUUUAGAAGUCGAAUUAUUAGGUGAAGGUGGAGAACAGGGAAAAUUAGUCCCUGGAAAGUCAUUAGUUUUUUCUCUACUCGAAGUUUGCCUUUGUUUAUUGAUAAGGCAAAUUCCGUCUCUCAGCCCAACUCCAAACUCAACAAUAGUAAAUUCUCUAAGAAUUAUGCAGAACAAUGAACAGUCGAGUGAACUUAUAGCUUCAGCUAUAGGAAAAAUGCAAAAUCUUCAUAAACUUUGCUCUCCUCAAGGAGCUUUGUCAAUUUUACCCACUAUUUUGUAUUUAACUACAGGGGUUAUUAAAGAAGUUGCCACAAAGAAUAUUAGUGACGACACCGUAUUAGCUAGCAACCCUUCAGUGCAAGCUGCACUGCAGUGUCUCAAAAUUUUAGCUACUGAUCCUUAUGCAAAAUAUGAAGGGAGUGUGGAGUAUUGGCAGAAACUUUUGCAAAGUACCUUGGCCAAAAUUUUAGAUCUUGCAAAAACUAGUGAUGAAAAUAAGCUGGAUGAAGUCACAAUGAUGUUGGCUAUAGCUGUUUUUGUUCUGCACGCGCCUUCUAAAGUUGUGACUGCACCAAAUCUCCAAUAUCCAUGUAUAAAUCAUUUCAGACAAUGUCUUCAAAGUCCGAAUACAACGGUUAAAUUAAAAUGUGUUAAAAUGCUUAAAUCUCUGUUCUCACACCCCGACAGGGCAGUGGCAACUCCAUAUAUUCAUACAUUAGCUCCACAAUUAGUUGAAUUUCUCUAUUCCGAUUCUGCAAGGAAAAUAAAUUCUGAUGGUGAAUUAUCAGUUACAUUAGAAGCUAUUGUAACAAUAGAAUCGUUAGUAGGAUUAGCUGAACCCCAAAAUCGAUUGCAAAUGUUAUCAUUGUUGGUCCCAAUUCUGGUCAAUUAUUUAUUGAUAGAUCAAGCACUUAGAUCAGCCAACAAAUAUGCUGUUCAGCUACAUGAGAUUAGUUUGCAAACGUUAAUGAAGAUAGGUCCAAAAUAUCCACAGGAAUUUAAAAAACUAAUGAGUACUGCGACUGAUUUAAGGACAAAAUUAGAAAAUGCUAUCAGAUUUAAUCAACAGUCUAACAUAAAAAUUAAAAAUGAAGUUAAUAUAAAUCAGUCAAUAUCAAGUCAUGCUCCAUCUAUAAAAUUAAAAACAGAUUUUAGUAACUUCUCCUAAUUCUUUUUAUUAAAAUCUUUUGUUUUUAUUUUAUUUUAGUGGAUGCUAUAACAUUUUUGUACCUAUUUGUAAAUUAAUUAAUUUAAUUGUAUACAUUUUUAACGAGUAUUGAAUUCUUUCUAGAUGUAAGAUUUUUUUCAACUCUUAAUGACUGAGAUAUAAAAUAACAUUUCCUUUAUAAUUCUAUUGUAUAUGCUAAAUAUAUAUAUAUAUAUA